GAGACUAUCGGUGAUGCAUAUGUUGUAGCAGGUGGGUUGGAUACAAGUAUGACUGACCACGCUUAUCGAAUAGCAUUAAUGGCCCUUUCCAUGAUGGAGUCCGCGGCACAGGUCGUCUCACCGGAAAAGGUUCCUCUACAAAUGCGCAUUGGCAUCCAUACUGGAUCGGUGGUAUCUGGUGUUGUUGGCGUAAAGAUGCCACGGUAUUGUCUAUUUGGUAAUAACGUUACUUUAGCGAACAAGAUGGAAUCAGGAAGUGAAGCUGGCAAAAUUAAUGUUAGUCCGGCAGCAUACAAGUAAGUUGCAAUUCUUCUAAUGUAGAAACCUUUUUUGUUCGACUUCUCCCAACAAGUCCCAAUAAGGCAUUUUCUUGUUGGCUCAAUUGUAUUUUGGAGAAUCCAGAAGAAAAUGGAAUAGCGUUUGAUAGCAGAAUCAAACAGUACACAAUUCUCCUUCGAAUCCAUCAUCCAUGGACGUUGCGAAGCAUCUGAGGUGUGUGUGUGGGGGAGGGGGGAGGGGAGGGCUGUCAUAGGAAUUUACAUGAAAAUUUUAACUUCAAUAUUAUAAAAAAUUAUCCUCAGUACUUAUUAUUGUAACAUUAUAAUCCGCGCUUGCGAGAAAAAUAAAGGCCUAAUCGCAGGUUAGUUUACUACAUAAUACUACCAAUGUAUAAAUUGCAUUCUUUUUCAAGGUAUUUGAAGUCCCACAAAGAGUUUUCCUUCGAGAUUCGAGACCAGAGUGUCUUACCCGAAGCCUACCCAAAAUCAGGUGAUGAGACGUGCUACUUCCUCACCAGAAAGGCAAGCAGUGGUGGUAAGAGUAGAAUGCUGGUCAAGGUAACGGUUACUGAAGAGAGUGCUCCACAAAAUCAUUGUAUUGAUGUAGAAGAAAGUAAGAAUAACAAUCCUUAUAACGAAGUUAAAAUUACAACAGCAGAAUCACCCAACAAAGGUAACUCACAUUGGCAACCUCGGCCGACUCGGUGAAAAAUUCUUAGGUUUAUUGAUAUAUAUUAGCAUAUACCCACGGGAGGGGGAUAGUGUUUUUCGCGCAAUUUGAUUGGUUGCUCAGUUUUGAAUAUACUUGCAUUUGAUUUACCUCGAGACAAAAACAAAAUGUCUUCUUGUUUUGUCAAUCUUUUUUCCUACAAGAAGCUGCGGUUUCACCAAACAUAAACUAAAAGCCACAAAGUUUGGUUUAACAGUGUUUUGGGUAAUAUUCUUUAAAACUAUUCCUAUUGAAUAUAACAGUAAUAAAAGCUUGCAAAUCCUGUUUUGUUUACAACUGGUUUAGUUACGGGAGCUGUAAUGCGAAAAACUUUUAAAGUAAAAAUAUUGUCGUUACUCUUCGGUCAUUUUUGUUUCCUUUGUGGUAUAUUCUAGAACAAUUAUUCACCUUGCAAUCUUGCACUAUUUACCUCCACUUGGGUGAAUAAAUCUAUUUUUCUAAUCCCUACUUAAUUUAGGCGGGGUAUUGCUGUUUUUCAGGGCCUGUUCCUAUUCUAGUUAUUGUCGGUCACUGAUAUGAUUAACCUCAAAGUGAAAUUAUUUUGAAACGAGAAUUAACGUCUUAUAGAUCAAUAUAGGUAGGUUGCAAAUUUCGGAUCGGCAAGUCAUUAGCCAGUUAUAUUGGCAUAUUGACAAUUGUUCUACAGUGACAACCGGAGAAUCGAGAUUCGUUUUAGCAGUUAACGAAUUCUAUUAACUUGAUAAAUUAAGAAACUGCAUGAUAAAUUAUUAAUUAGCAUUUUAGAAUUUCGUGACUAAACUUUCUGAGACUUAUUACCUUUCUCACGCCAUGUGACCAGUCCUCUUCGCCAUUUUUGGUGGCAAACUGGACGGGCCAGAAGAGACGGCAACAAGGGAAGGACUGAAAUUUGUGAAGUGAAAGCACAGUACUAUUGUUGAUAAGUAAUACUUGCACAACUAAAUCAUUCCUUCAUUUGAUAUCAUUCUUUUUCUUCAUGAGUUGCCACCCAAAAUGGCGGACAAGGCCUGGUUGCAUGGCGCGAGAAAGGCCAAUUAAAGACGUUCUCCAUAGAACGCAGUAACACUAAGAACAUAAAUUUUGGAAUUAUAUUAUUUGGACAUUUUAUAUUUCUUUACAAUCCAACCAUGGCAAAGUGGUGUGAAAUUGCAUUGCACUUGAAUUCAUAAUAACUGUAUGUUUUGCAGUGUGUACAUCGAAACAAAAAGUUCUGUUACCAUGACAAUAAUAUACAAAACAAUUGUGCAAUUAAGAUAUAUUAGUUACUUAAGUUAUUGGAAAGGUUGGAUGUCAGUUUUAAUUUAUAUUUAUAGUUAUCACUAUGAGUUCUUUAAUAAUAUAACUAUCUAUAAUAUAAAGUUUUAUUUAUUCUGCUUCUAAAGUUUAGUACUCAGUUAUUAAGAUGCUGUUGUCUAUGACAAGAGAGGAAUUACCACGCUAUAGAAUAAUAAAAUUAUGAUUUUCCGAAAUAAAUCCGUUGUCUACUUGUUCAUUUGUAUUUUGUGUUGUUAGACCACAUGACUUAACUAUAUGUUGUGUUUUUCAGGUAAAACUAAGCGGGAACGUUCACGUCGUUGGGAAACACGGUUUUGUUCACUCACGUGACCAACAUUUUAGCUGUAACCGAAUGGAACGAACAUGGAAGUGACUCAAACAUUGACUAUCGGUGAAGCAUUGGAGAGUUUUAAAUAAACUAUAUAUAUAUUUAUAUGGGACUAUUUUAGUAGCUCGUGGUUCACUUCAAACUUGAAGUAGUAUAAAAAGAGGCUUAUUAAGUUUAGGUCAAGUAUAGGUAAUUAUUUUUUCGACACUGACUUGAGAAUGGCAUUGAACUUCCAAUUACACGUAAUAGUUAAGGUUUUAAGAUAUAUAAUUAGACAUGGCAAGCAAAUAUUGAACGAAAUCACAAAUAGAGAGACAGCAUAUAGAAAUAAUACCGAUGGACCAGAAUAGUAGGCUUUUAACAGUUACUGGCGCAUUACACUUUGUAGCAAGUAUAUAACCACAUAAUAACCAAUCCAGCUAUUGAACCCGCAAUUUAACAUAUACUAUGCUUUAAAGUAGUGAUGAAAACUAUUUAGUUUGGUCAUCUAUAAGAAUUACGCAUGCAUCAUGUACAAUUUUUAUAAAAAUUUUCCUCAGUUAUUGUCACAUUAUAUUAAAAUGGCUAAUUUUGACAUACCAAGAUAUCAUCGUGUAUCGUCAGAUGUAUCAUAGCCUCUUAUCGUCAUAUGCAUCAUAGCCUCAUAUGCAUGAUCGCCUCUUAUUUCAUUUUAACCAAUCAAAUUCACAUGAUUAUGGGCAUUUGGUUAAAUAAUAUGCGUUAACAUUUCACCUGAUGUGGUUAAAAUUUGACGAAACUGUUAUUAGGAUUCUUUCAUUUUCUUAUUUUAGAAAAUGUGUUAGAGUGCCUGUAGAAAACGAUGUGCAUACGUAGCAUUAAAAAUAGUGAAUUUUUAUACCUAGCACGUAGUAGUACGUAAUUUUUAAAUAAGCACGUAACAAUUUACGGUUUUCUUAUAUAUAUUGAACUAAAGUACUGCGUGGAGUUGUAGUUUAUACUGUUUAUCAUAAUUAUUGCCUAUUGGCAGUUUUAACGGGUUCCAACGCAAUUAUUAUUAAUAAAAUAUAUCCAUAUGGGCUGUUGUAAUUUAUUAGUUUGUCUAUAGUAAGAAAAUAUACUUAAAAAGUAGGUUUUAAAAAUGAUCAUGAAAUUUGGUAAUGAUAAAUGCAAUUCUGAAGUGGCCAUCGAGAUAUCCAAUCGCAUUUUCCAAAUUACAACACGAAUAAUGGAAAAUGAAAUUCAUAAUGAAGGCAAUUUUGCGGUUAUAGCGUUUGAGAUGGCUAAUAGUAUAACAUUAUUUAUUAAUAUUCGUUUUAAAUUAUUGGGAACAUGCUAUAGGAUAUUUCACCUCCUGUAGCAAUGCUUCGGGAAAUCCAUCAAUAUCCAGCAUACGAAGGCACAUUUCCUCUAUAUAUUGAAAUAGAUGCAUUUAAAGUGCAAUCCUAUUAUAUAGCAAAUCUUUUAAAUUUGAGGCCACCUUGGGGUCAUCG